AGGAUUUGCUUGGAUUGAAACAUGAAGAGUUAAGGCAUGAAAAUUAUGGAACGAGGAUCAAUCCAAGCAAGUCAUUAGUGCAAGCUCUUAGUGUAUGUAAUAAACUAAUAAUAUGAGGGUUAGGGUUAGGGUUAGGGUUUGCGGUUGGGGUUGGGGUUUAUAGAGCGAACUCCUCCUUUACAGAAGACUGAAGACUGAAGACUGAAGCUUAACAAGUGGUGGUUUGUACCAUAAAAACAUGAAGAUGACAUCGUUUGCUUCUUCAGCGACACAAGACUUGAUGCGGCUCGCAUCAAUUCCCCAUCGCUCUGCGCUUUCCCCCUUCCGUUGUUCCUCUCAGAUUCCAAGACCCCAACUUUCUUUCUCGUCUUCUGUCCAAGGGUUUACUUCUCGCAUUGCGAUCGAGAGGAAGGGCCGGUCGUCCAUACCGCAGGCAGCGGCAGUUCGCCAAUUGGAGGGUUCACUCAACAGAACGGAAGGCCUUCGCUUUGCUGUGGUAGUAGCUCGGUUCAAUGAGAUUGUGACAAAGCCGCUGUUAGAGGGAGCUUUGGAUACUUUCAGGAAAUAUUCAGUCAAGGAAGAAAAUGUUGAUGUUGUAUGGGUGCCUGGCAGUUUUGAAAUUGGUGUUGUUGCACAAAGCCUUGGGAAGUCGCAAAAAUAUCAUGCAAUAUUAUGUAUUGGAGCUGUGAUAAAAGGCGACACUUCCCACUAUGAUGCUGUUGUUAAUUCUGCAGCAUCUGGAGUACUUUCAGCUGGUGUGAAUUCAGGUGUUCCUUGCAUAUUUGGCGUCCUGACGUGUGACAACAUGGAUCAGGCUUUAAAUCGUGCUGGUGGUAAAUCUGGGAAUAAAGGUUCCGAGUGUGCUUUGACAGCUAUUGAGAUGGCAUCUUUGUUUGAACAACAUUUGAAGUGAUGAUAAAUCUACAUGAAGGAAGAUUUGACGUAAUCGUUUUUCCCGGACAUUCCAUUCCCUCUUGUAUUUCUUACUUUUAGCUAGCCAGAUUGUCUCAUAUAAUAAGGGCUGCCGCAGCAUUCUGGGCCAUUGUUGGCUUCUUCAUAAGUUGUUCUGGCUGUUUGCUACCCACAAAAACUUCUUCGCUGGGACUAAUUAUAUAUUGAUAAGGAAUGUCCAACUUUGUGAUUUAGACA